AUGGAAUUGAACAUUACUAAUAUUUCAUCUGUUUCAAAUGAAUUUAUCAAUAAUCGAUCAAUGUUUUCAUUAGAAAAAAGAAUCAAAUUCUUUCUAUUUCUUAUUUUACAAGCACCUUCUCUUGGUUGUACUAUUCUUAUUUUAUAUCAUUUUAAUUGGAGUCGUAUACAAAGUCAAAUCUAUGGUCUUCUUCUUAUUGUUAAUGCAUUUAUUAUAGGUGUUGAACUUCCAUUUACACUUUAUUUUCUUUAUGAAGGAAAUAUAUAUACAAAAAAAAUUUGUACACCUUGGAUUACUCUCAAUUAUUCACUUUCACUUUUAAGUAUUUAUCUAAUGGCAUGGACAUCAAUUGAACGUUAUUUAUUUAUUUAUUAUGAAAGAAUUAUCAUGCGACACAAUAUGUUACUUCAUUAUAUACCUAAUGCAUUGAUUAUCUUUUAUUGUCCAUUCUUUUAUAUAGGUGUUGUGGUAAUUCAUACAUGUCAACCAGUUUAUGAUAUAAACCAAUAUCUUUGCGGUGGUGCAUGUUAUCAGUUUGAAUGUACUCUAGGUUUAUUUGAUUGGAUUGGCAAUGGAAUAUGUAUAGUAAUGAUUACUUUUAUACUCACUAUUUUAUUGAUUAUACGUCAUGUUUUAACACGUCAUCGAAUGAAAAGUAUUAUUACUAUAGCUAGACGUAAAGAAUGGCGCCGUUCAUUAAAAUUAAGUUUACAACUUCUUGCCAUUGCUAUGCCUUAUAUGAUUGCUUGGAUUCCUUAUUCAGUAAUUGUACUUGUUCAAAUUUUUCAUUAUAAUGAACAACUUGCUUAUAUUCUUUCAACAUAUAUUGGUUUUUUACCUUAUCUACAAGCAUUUUUGUUACCACAUAUUUGUCUUUUAUUUAUACCUGAAAUUAAAAAAAAAAUUUUUACGAUAUUAAAUAUACCAUGUUGUCGACAACGUCGAAUUGAAGCUAUUGCAUAA